GUGUGUGUGACGUCACCGCCCCACGUCAGCACCUUGCGGAAAUACCGAGAGAGAGAGAGCGCAGGUCGAUCGGAACCAGUACGUUGCUCGGGAUGUUUUCACACUAGAAUAAAGACUUUUAAAUCCAAAUUAACGCUCUAUUAUUUAGUUGCGCCACCAGUUGAGUUAGUGCACUUGUUCUCCCAUCCGGUGCCGGUUCCGGUUAAUAGGCGCAACUGAAAAAGAGGGACAGAAUGUCCCUGUUCCAGUCAGCGCUCGAUUUCCUGGCCGGGCCCGGCGGAUCCGGUGCCGCCGCCAGCCGGGAUCAGAACGACUUCGUCGGGCAGGUGGUGGAGCUCGGAGAUCUGAAGCUCCGGAUCAAACGAAUCAUCGCGGAAGGUGGCUUUGCGUUUGUGUAUGAAGCCCAGGAUUUGGGCAGCAGUAAGGACUAUGCGCUCAAGAGACUUCUCUCCAAUGAAGAGGAGAAGAAUAAAGCCAUCAUUCAGGAAGUCUGCUUCAUGAAAAAGCUGUCUGGUCACCCCAAUAUUGUUCAGUUCUGCUCCGCUGCAUCCAUCAGUAAAGAAGAGUCGGACACGGGCCAGGCUGAGUUCCUCAUCCUCACUGAGCUGUGUAGAGGCCAGCUGGUUGAUUUUGUGAAGAAGGUGGAGCAGAGAGGACCCAUGUCAUGUGACACGGUGCUGAAGAUCUUUUACCAGUCAUGUCGUGCUGUGCAGCACAUGCACAAACAGUCUCCAGCAGUCAUCCACCGCGACCUGAAGAUUGAGAAUUUGUUGAUCAGUCAUCAGGGCACUAUAAAGCUGUGUGACUUUGGCAGCGCCACCAUCUUGGCACAUUACCCAGACUACAGCUGGUCUGCUCACAAGAGAUCUAUGGUGGAAGACGAGAUCACUAGAAACACGACUCCAGCAUACAGGACACCAGAGAUGAUUGACCUCUAUUCCAACUACCCAAUAAACGAGAAACAAGACAUAUGGGCUCUGGGCUGCAUCCUGUACCUGCUCUGUUUUAAGCAGCACCCAUUUGAAGAGGGAGCCAAACUCCAGAUAGUAAACGGCAAAUACAACAUUCCUCAGAAUGACACCAAGUACACAGUCUUUCACCAACUCAUCCGAUCAAUGUUGAAAAUCAACCCAGAUGAGCGACUGUCAAUCAGCGAGCUUGUUAGCCAACUGCAGGAGAUCGCUGCAGCCAGAAACGUCAACCCAAAAUCACCCAUUACUGAGCUCCUGGAGCAGAACGGAGGGUUCGGGAACAGCACACAGCUUCCCUCGCAGAUCAACAACUUACACAAUGCUGGUGUGUAUGACACAGACCCGGCCAUGGGUGGAGGCUUCCUGGAUAUUCUGAAAGGAGGAACCGAAAGAUUCCUGACCAACAUCAAAGACACUUCCUCCAAAGUCAUCCAGUCAGUGGCCAGCUCCAGUUAUGCUAAGGGAGACCUGGACCUGUCCUACAUCACCUCCAGACUAGCAGUCAUGUCUUUCCCAGCUGAAGGUGUUGAAUCUGCAAUUAAGAAUAACAUUGAGGACGUGCGUCUGUUCCUGGAUUCUCGACACGCGGGUCAUUAUGCAGUAUACAACCUCUCCAAACGCUCCUACAGACCGGCCAGGUUUCACAACAGGGUAUCAGAGUGCGGUUGGCAGCCUAGACGAGCUCCUACUCUGAAGAACUUGUACAGUAUAUGUAAAAACAUGCACCAGUGGCUCAAGCAGGACCAGAGGAACAUCUGCAUCGUACAUUGUCUGGAUGGACGGGCAGCGUCGGCUGUGGUGGUUUGUGCAUUCCUCUGUUUCUGUCGUCUGUUCUCUACAGCCGAGGCUGCAGUUUACAUAUUCAGCAUGAAGCGAUGCCCACCGGGCAUCUCGCCCUCACACAAACGGUAACUUCCUGUCUUUUUCUC